UAUGCUUUCAAAUAUUUCUGGCAAUGCUAGCCUCCCUGCAAAUGUCACUGUUAGGUUUGUUUUCCAUCUUCAUCCACAAUGAAAUAUCUUUAUAUGCAUGUGUUUCCUUGGUAAAAAUCUAAAAUUUUACCUUUUAGAUUCAUUCAAGUAAGAUAAAGACAUAUUUAGCAGGUUCAAAGAGUUAUCAAAUUCCUCUUCUGUUAUUCAUUUGAAAAUUUUGCAGGCUUCAAGGAAAUCCAAUAUGCUUGAAUACCAACCUGGUCCUGUUCUGUGGACCUCAGAAUGAAAAUGAAACUGUCAGUCAUACCCCAAGCGCAACAAACUCUAAUGAUAAUUGUCUGGUGCAAUCAUGCCCUUAUGAAUAUGCCCCAAACUCACCAUGCUUCUGUGCUGCGCCUCUGAUCGUUGGAUAUCGGUUGAAAAGUCCUGGAUUCAGAUAUUUUGAGCCGUACUGGGUUCCAUUUGAGAUGUACCUCACAACAGGUCUUAAAUUGAACAUUUUUCAGCUUGAGAUUGUUUCUGUUUUAUAGGAAGAAGGCCCUCGACUGAGAAUGGACUUGAAGAUUUUUCCUGUAUACGUUGACAACACCUCUUCUCACAUCUUCAAUACGACCGAGGUUCAACGAAUCCGGGGCAUGUUCACAGGAUGGCAUAUUCCUGAUAGUGAAAUUUUUGGACCUUAUGAACUUCUUGAUUUCCCUCUGUGGUUCCCUUAUGUAGAUGUGAUCCCCUCUUCCACUUCAAAAUCUGGAAUUAGCAAGGGGGCACUAGCUGGCAUUGUAGUAGGAACAGUUGCAGGUGUAGUUAUAUUAUCUACUGUUGUGUCACUUCUCAUAUGGAGAUUGCAUAUGAAUAAAUACACCGCAGUUUCAAAAAGACGUCGAUGUGAGUAUCUUAUAAUUACCAAUAUCUGAGGUGGAAGUAAAUUUAUCAUGAUUCUCCAUUAUUUUGUCCCUACUUUUUGUAGUUGACCAUAAGUAUUUCAAAAUGUUGGCAAUUUUGAUAAAUAUUCUAAUUAUUAAUUCUAUAAAA